AUUGGUGAUGAUAAUAAUUUUCAAAAGUGUUCAGCUACAUUCAAAUUAACAACAAGUACUACAAAUUUAGCUAGUCAUCUUCAAACUAAGCAUAGAUUAAAUCAAACUAGUUUGUUAUUACUUUUAAAUAGUAAAAGAGAAACAAUAUGA